AUGCACAAGGGCUGGCAAUUGAAUGAAGACGGCCAGUCAACCCAUGUGAGCGAGAGUUUCCUCGACCUCGACAAGUUCCCGAUGAAUCUGGACCGUCUGGCGAAGCAGUUCCUGGUGUGGCGGUGGCUGUUAGGCUUCAAGACUGAGAUUGAGGAGGCAGUCCCCGAUUCGACCGAGCAUCAGGGAGUCCGGGCAGAACGGUAUGUUGACCUGAUUCGGCGCUUAGGGCUGACGUUGCUGCAUACAGUAACUGCGAGUACUCAGCAAGCUGUCCAUUCCUCACACCCUUUGUACUCUUGGUGUUUUCGUCACGCGGCCUUCCUACUGACGCGGUACAAAGUCCAUGCUGAAGGGUGCACAUCGUUUGAAAUCGUGCAUGGGCGAAAGUAUGACUCAAAGAUUUGCGCUUUUGGUUCGACCGUUUUCUGCCAGUUUGUUCCCAAGAAGAAAGUCAAAGGGGUGGUCUGGGAGAAAGCGGUUUACCUGGGCAAGUCGUCAAUAGGCGACCUGAACAUCGUGGCCAAUGCAAGUGGUGUGCACUAUGCCCAAACCAUCCGAAGAGCAGCCCAGGUUUAUCAAGCGGAGAUGAUCGUGGCCAUGAAGGGCGUCCCCUGGAAUCCUACGCUGGAUGUGGUGGCUGCCAGGACAAAGAAAGGUGGGCUAGGACGCGUGCCGUUGCUAGCUCCUCCUGCUGUCGGUGAAGUUCCUUCUCCUAUGGACGUUGCUGGUAGUGAUCCCCCAACUACUCCUCAAGCUUCGCAGUCGGCAGAGUCGAGUCUUUUGGAUGGUAUGCAAGGUCAGGGAUCCAGCCCAGGGUCUUCAGAGUUGAUUCCGGCAGCGAUGCAAGUAGACCAAGUGACCAGAGAUGAGAGCGAAGAGAGCCAGUCGUUUGUGCUACGGGUACUUGAUCCUCAGCAGCCUCAUGGUCACGAAGAGGAUGCAGUAGAUUGUGAUCCGGAUGAAGAGCUAGGGAACAUGCCGAUUGAAGAUGAGUACUUGUGCGAGCCCACGGAAGACCUUUCAGAACAAAGUGCUAGCGAUUCUCGUGGUGAUGAAGGAAUGCCGUGGAGUGGUAGAGCUUACGACCUCGGGCCCCCAGAAUUGAGUCCCGAGGAGCUUGGAGAGUUGGACGAGCAGAUGCAGAAGAAGGAGAUCGACCGUCUCCUUGGCAUGGGUGUCUUGAAAGCAAUGAUGCCUGAAGAGCGCGAGGGGAAGGUCAAGUUGCAGUGCAAGUACGUUUUGGAUUGGCGCUUUAGGAACGGAUGGGUUCGUCGAGCACGGCUUGUAGCAAAAGAAUACAGAUUCCUGGAGCCAACCUUAGCUGAUCUUUAUAGCCCUGCGUCCGUCGCUUGCAGUCACAAGUUGCUUGGAUGCCUGUUUGUGUCGGGCCAGCAGCUGGAAUUGGUGUCAAUCGAUGUCACCGAUGCUUACCUGCAAGUGGAGCAAAGACGCCCUACGUACAUCCAGACCCCCAUUGGAGACCUCGAACUGUUGUAUACCCUUCUGGGUCAGCGCACCGGUUCUCGAGAUUGGUAUGAUCACUUGGCGGGGACUUUGACUGAGGGGGGUAUGGAUACGUUCAAAGGAAACCCUGCAGUGUUUGCAAUUCCACAAGAAGUUGCUUUGAACAGCCAUGUUGAUGACAUGCAGAUCCUUGGUGUGAAAGGUGCGCCCAUGGCUUUGGCUAACAGGUUAAAGGACAAAGGGUUGAAAGUGAAGAUUGAUGGGCCGGUUGAUGUGAACGGGGGGACCUCGCACUUCCUUAAGCGCAAGUUUGAAUCCAUCGAAAAGGGCCUCGUCAUCACCCAGGAUGUGAAGUAUGCAGAGCGGUUGGUAGGCCUCUUGGAGUUAGAGAAGGCGAAUGUGAAGAGGACUCCGAUGCCCCAACAAGUCCCAGAGCCUGGUGUGGGUGAACGGUUGAAUGCUGAGAUGCAUGCUCUCUACCGCAAGUGCAUAGGGUUGUUACUGUACAUGAGUAGUGAGCGCCCCGACUUGCAGUAUGGAGUGAAGGUCCUUUCUUCUCGGUGCAGUGAUCCCACGCAAACCGAUUUCAACUUGCUGCGGCACUUGGUAAAGUAUGUGAAGUUGCACCCUGUAGUUCCAGUGAAGAUGGACCGAUGCAAUCCCGGACGCACAGUGUUUCAGAAGUGGGAAGGUCGAGAUUGUGAACCUGAAGAUUGGGACCCCAAGAAGUACCCGUUUGGGCUAGACCACGUAGUGGAGGUUGUGACCGACGCUGACUGGGGUAGUAAAACUUUCCCGGAGAGGCGCUCAAUCUCGGCAUAUGUGAUCCUGAUCAAUGGCAAUGUAUGUCAUUGCGGAAACAAGGUACAGAAAACCAUCAGCCUGUCGUCUGCGGAGAGCGAGCUGAUGGCAUCGCUCCUUGGCGUAACGGAGGCUAUGUUUGUGGCCGAGAUGGUUCGUUUCAUAUGUGGUCCAAACUCUCGUGUGAAACUCGUCCACUACGUGGACAACUCAGCAGCUCGGUCAAUCAUUCAGAAGCAAGGCCUGCAGAGAACGCGACAUGUUAGUUUGGCUUGGCUGUGGAUUCAGCGAUCUCAUCACGAUGGAGUGUUUGUAACCAAGCCCAUUUCUACGAAGGAUGCUCCAGCUGAUCUUCGAACCAAAUCCCACGGUAGGAACAGGCUAAAGUAUCUGAUGAGCUUGAUCGGCAUGAGCUUGGAUGAAGAUGAUGAUGCAGGUCAUGUUCGGGUUCAGCGUGUGAGGGCACGAGCAACUACGGUUCAGGGUUCCAGCAUCGCGGCAGUGAUGAGGGCAUUGGCUGUUAUUCUUGAAGGAGGUGAAGCCCUUAGCUUUGACGAGGAGCGCGACUUUAGGAGCGUGCAUGUUCCCAUCGUUGUUGUCGGCAUGAUCGUGUUGGGCUUGAUUGGCGCGUGGAGUGUAGCAUCUACCUUUGUCGAAGAAGGCGGAACCUUGACAAUGUGGGUGAUGCUGUUUGUCUUGGUGGCUUCCGUUGGGGCCACAGAGAUCGUAGCAGAUGAUGCGGAUGAUGGUGCAGCGAACUUCCUUCAACGUCUUUGUGAUCACAGUGGAUUGGCGGCGCUGGUGAUUGCCUUGUGUGUGCUCUUGGUGGUGAUCUACAUGCCCCCGCGACGGUGGAAUCGAGAUCGAGGGCGCGGCUCAGCACAACAACAACCUUUUGAGCCGCGGGAUGGUUGCAUGACUUACGACGACUACAUCCAUGAAAACCUCUUUGAUACUUGGGAUGAAGUGUUUCCGCGAAGUGAUGAUGAUGAAGGAGGUGCCGCAGAAGCUUAUGUCCAGAGCUAUGUGCAUGAAGAUGACGAUGGUGGAGUAGAGGAUGCGGCUCAAGAUGAGACUCAGGGUUACGUUCACAAUGAUCGUAGCGGUGAUCCCCGAAACUUUGAUGUAGAGAACCAAGAUCAAGAUCAGAGGCCGCACGAGCCGCACACAGACAUGGUGUACAUCGUUGGUGAGGCUAAGCGUAAGAAAGGGUUCCACAAGGGGAGUUGCGGUAUGGUUCAGCGUUGGCUUGCCGAUCUACCAGAAAAUGUUUCGCAAAUCAGUCGAGCCGAAGCCCAGCGAAAAGGACUUCGUCCUUGUAAGCAGUGCAGACCGUGA